UUUUAAUGAGUCUCUCUAAAAAUCAGUCGAAAAAUCUGAAAUUCCUACCACCUUUUGGUUAUGUGAGCUCUCAUAAUAAGUGACCUUCAAUCAAACGUGGAGAAAAGAGUGAUGACGGACCAAAUGGACAUUUUUUACCAAAAAAUCCAGACAUUUCUAAUAAAAAAAGAUUCUGAAGUAGGAAAGCUGAAAUUCUUAUCGUCAAAGUCAACAGAGGAAAAUAUUAAACACAUCGAAGAGGUUACUACAUCUGUAUGUUCUAUAUUUGAAGGCUGUAAUAUUCCGAUCAAGGAGAAAACUUCAACAUCUAGUGUAGAAUGUAUUAAAGCACUACAGUAUUUGAUUUUAAAUACGGACUUUAAGACGCAAGAGUUUCUUCAGGAAGACUUUCUUCACGGUCAUUUGGUUGAUAUAUGUCCUCCGUUAUCUCCAUAUCUCCUCAUUGAGCUCGUCUGGCAUUUAGAAUACGAAGGACUCCUGGCGGAGUCAAUUCUGAAUUUACCACUGGAUCUCUGUAUAGAAGUCCUCGAGAUCCUACGACGAUACGCUUUCACGUUGGGCUUUCCAAGGGUUUUCAAUCUCUUAUUAACCCUUACUCGACACUGUUACAUAAAGGUACUUAUCAUUGGAGAUGUGGGAACUCAUUCAUUAGAUUUUGAUACAAAUUUGGAGAAAUUAAUUAUUAAUUAUCAGGAGAUUUUGAGUUUACUGGAGAAUAAAAAGUGCCUAAGGUUGUUAGAGGUUUCUGGAAUUGACAGGAGUGAACGUUAUGGAUAUAUUCUUCAAGAAAUCUUGAUAUUAACCAGGACUAUUUUGGAAUUGAAUGGGAGAAAAGUCACUACGGAAUCCGAAAAACAACACAAAUUAUAUGAAAUCAGUUUAGGUCGAGGAACUCUACGAAGAUGUGAUACAAAAACUGUGAACCAUCAUCUAAAAUCUCUGACCUUGUGCCUUAUGAAUGUUCUCCUGAAGAAAGUGAAGGAGAUCAACUGCGAUGUUUAUAUAGACUGGGCAUCGCUGAACCCACAGGCAAACCCUUCCAUAUCUCUCCAACAGAAGAUAGGAAUUGAAUGCUUUCAUCUAAUUCAAUUGAUCAAGGAGAACGAUACCGAUGCUCACGAGCAUCUCAUCGAAUGUCUUCAACAGUUAUCGGUCAAACCAGAAUCCAUCCACUGCUGUACAACUACAGACUUGAAAGAAUUAUGCAAAGGAGUGGAAGAGGGAAAUCACGAUUACCUCAAACAAUUACUAAUUCAAUGCAACAAGUGGGACAACUCUGUAUUCCAUUCAAUUCGAAAAAGAGUUGACCUAUUUGAUAAAGAUGAUUUUCUCAAUCUGCUGGAGUAUUUAACAGAAUUAAUUGUGAAUGAAAAAUACGGAGAGGAGAUACAGAUUGUUUAUAACACGCUAACGAAAAUAUUUUUCAGGCAAAAACUUAAGGAUUUAUAUGAAAUAAUAUUGCAGUAUAUUUUAAAACAUGAUGGAGAUCACAUCUUAGAAUCACUCCAUUCUGAACAAAGGUUCAUGGAUUUUUUAUUAAAUAAUGUGAACUUCAUAACUCCAAACAAAUUGAAAAUACUACUUUUUUUUUUACUCAAAAAUCCCCAGAAGUUUCUGAUGAUUUUAAUAAAAAUUUGCAUUGGAUCUGAGAAAUAUAAUAAUCUCAUGAUAAAUCCAGAUGAUUUGAUUCUUCUCUCCCCAGUAAUGACCAUUCGCAAUGGAACUGGAAAUUUAGUUUUAUUUUGUUUAUUGAAAAUUGCGUUGGAAAAUGAUGAAUUCUCAUUCAUCAAAUUUUCCAAUUUCAUCAAGUCAAUGAUAGAGCACCAUGUGUUUACAACCGAUGAAUUGUUUAAUUCAGUUUAUAUCCCCUUAAUUAAAACCGUAGAUUUGCCAUAUUCAACAGUUAGAUCAAUAUUAAUUAAUCUCCGUCAAAUAGCUGUAACAUUGAAUGACGUAAACCUUGAGUUGUUGCUAAAAUCAAUGGUGGAAAAAAUGUCACAGUUACGUUAUGACAGACGUAUCCCGAAUCUGCUCAACACCGAGAUGUUAACGUUGACGAUAAGAGUAGUAGAAACAGUAUUAGGUAUGCAUGAUAAUUGGUUCGUAGAUGUCGAGAGAAGACGUUGGAUAAUUGAUUUUGAAGCCACGAUAUCCCCCGUGGAUAAAUUAUAUUUUUCUAAGCUCUUCAACACAUCAGAAUACCUUGAUAUCACCGAAAUAAUCGAAGACUACUCUAGAAGAAUCAAUACAACUAUUCAAAAAGUCAUUGUUAAGGGUGAACCAAUUUUAAUACACAAUUGUUUUAACAGAUAUGUCAAUUUAGAAGACGAAAUAAUGAAACAUGUAAUUUUCAAUUGCACCGAGGCAGAGUAUACGAGAUUAGCAUUUGAAAUAACUGCAAUCGACUGGAAUGAAUGCAAGAAUUCUAAUUUAAUUGAGGGGUUCGACAAGAUUGUGAGAAUAACAAUUGAAGCUUGCGAUUAUUGCUUAAAAUCUUUGCCCAACCACGAUAAAUUCGGUUCUCUUAUCAAAUCAUUAUCGAAGUUUCUGAAGGGCUUGAUUCAUUUAGACUUGGGCAUUGAUAUGCAGUUCUUCUUAGAGUCGUUUUUAAAUAACUUCAGAAAAUUGAGUGAUAGUGUGCAAGGGACAGAGUAUCAGCAUUUCUAUAAUGAGACUGUACUGUGGAUGAAUAAUCGCCCAAGUAAUGAGUCAACUGCUGAGUCGUUAGCGGAAGUUGUUAACUUGUUGAGUUGCUUUGGUGAUAAGUGUCUGAGUACACCAAUUAAGGAAAAAUGUGAUGCCAAAAAAAUUUAUAGGUCACAAAUUUCUCAGAAUUUUAUUUCCAUCUGUCUUAUGGUAUCCUUAAAAAAUCAAUGCUGCACAAUAAAUAGGGUAAAGAAUUUACUUCUUCCCACUUCGUAAUUAUACUACUUCAAUUGUAAGCUAUUUUUUUUUGUGUUUUAAUCUACAAUCAAUUCUUCAAAAUUAUUUUGAAAAUAAAAAGAACUGUAUU